AUGGCUGCUUCGGCGGCAACGGCGAGUUCUUCCCCCGGUUUGUGUCCAAAUUACGCCGUGAUUUGCUCCUUUUUGGAGCGUUACGGAGCAUUGUUGGACUUACCGGAGCUCACCUUUCCCCAGCUGGAGAGAUAUCUGCAGGACACAUCCUCAGUUCCAAAGCUGCUCGCUGAUCUUCACGUCAAGUUGCUGAGGAAGAUCGGCAAAUCAGUGUCAGCAGACAGAUGGGAGAAGUAUCUAGUAAAGGUAUGCCAAGAGUUCAACACAACGUGGGCAUGGGAACUCGAAGAAAAAGGAUACAAGGAGAUGCCGACAGAGUGCAAGGCGGGGAUACUUAAAUAUUUAUGUGAGUGUCAGUUUGAUGAAAAUGUUAAGUUCAAAACUGCCAUCAAUGAGGAGGACCCGGAUAAGAUGCGGCUGCAGCCGAUUGGCCGGGACAAAGAUGGUCAGAUGUACUGGUUUCAACUGGACCAAGACAACAAUGUGCGUGUGUACGUGGAGGAGCAGGACGACUUAGACGGGUCGUCGUGGAAGUGCAUCGUCAAAGAUAGAAAUGACUUGGCUGAGGUCGUGGCUCUGCUGAAGACACAAAUUGAUCCUGCGCUGUUAAAAAAGGAGCAAGAAACCAAACCUGAGGGCGACGAGGAGAAAGCAGGAGGUGACGUUAAAAAGACGGAGGACUCAUCGUGUGAAGACAGCACAGACUCUAGCAAAGCUGUCGGUCCACUUUCACCAAAGACAGAGAAAAAUGAAAAAGUAAUACAAGCAGACAAGCUGAAAUCAGAAGCUUCGCUGAAUGGCAUCAGCGAAGGCAAAACUGGAGCAGAACACUGUUCAGAGAAACCGGCCGUGGAUCUCAAUAUAAGUACAAAAGCCCAGAUCAUCAAAGAAGAACCAAUGGAGGUGUCAGACACUAAAUCAAGCACAGCGACGAGCGAGCCCGCCUCUGAGACACCGUGUAUAUCAGUAAAGGCAGAAAAAGCAGAAGAGGCCAAGAAGAACAGCGCAGAGGAGAUUCAGCAGGCUCUGAAGAACGACCAACAGGCCAAAAUCCCUUUGAAAAAAAGAGGAAUGAAGUUUAGUGAAGACUUUGAAAAAAACAUUAUAGUGCAAAACCCAUCCGUCUCUCAGGUCAAGGAAGCUCCGAAAACCGACUCGACUCCUGAACAGACGAAGAAAGCGCCGAGUGUAAACGAUCACGUCAACGGCGAAGUUCAGCCCGCGCCUGAGAAAGGGCUCAGGUGCGAGUCACUGAAGGACGCCGCCGUCGACAAAGAGCAGACGGGUGAAACGGCUGCAGGUAAAUCUGAAGAAAUCAGAGAAGACGAGUCGCCGUGCACAGACAAGGAUGACGUGAAAGAUAAAAAGGAUGACGGCGCAGAGAAGGUCGCGGAGGGCGCUACGUCACACCGAGCAGACGUGGACAAGAAUAACCUCGAUAAACAGGAAGAAAAGGAAAGCACUGCAUCAAACGAAAAGAAGGAGGAGUCUCCUUCAACACCAGCAGAACCGCCACGUUUACCUAAAGACGUAAAUAAUGCACGUGAGAAGCCGUCUAACCGCGAAGAGCAGGAAAAAAUAAAAGAGUCCGAGCCAGCAGAUGAAAAAGAGUCUUGUGCAGGAGACACGACGAUCAAAUUAAAGGAAGCUGAUGAAACAUUAACAGCUGGUGAGUCAGAGAAAGUCAAACCCAAAGAAGCCGAAUCAAAAGGUUCAGAGGAAAAACCCGCCUGUGCAGACGUGGACACACCAGAGUCGAGUCAGACUGAAGAAACCAAGACGUCGAAGAUUCUAGAAAAUAUAACAGACGUGAAGCAGGCAGAGGCGGACGAAGCUAAAGAAACGGAAACAUGUUCGACUGAUGCAGAGAAAUCGGAUAAUUCGGCGCUGAAAGAGAAGCCGGCAGUUGUCAAAACAACAGAGGCACAGAGCGAAGACAAAGAUCCUGAUCCUGAAAACACGUUGUCUCCAUCUGCCAUUAAAAACACAGAAACACUAAAAGACAGCGAUGAUGCUCAGACCCAAGAUGUCACACAGAGCUCUGAGGUCACGGAGAAGGCAGACAAGCCACCAAUCAGUGAGAAAUCAGAAGAAACACCCAGCGCUAAAGAGAGUGUGGAGUCUUCUGUCGUGAAGAAGUUCGACAAAUCGGACUCGUGCGAACCCAUCGAGAAACUCGACGACAUCAAAGAUGCAGCGGCGACGCCAGAGAAAGCCGGCGCAGCCUCCGGGGGCAACUCCAGAAAGAUGGAAAAGUCUGAAGAUAUUAAGAAAGCUGUCAACUGUGAAGACAACACGACGCACGAUGGCGGCAAGAUAAGCGAGUCUACGCCCGGGCCUGUGGAGGGAGAAGCAAGGGCCGUGAAACACGAUCUGACAAAGCCACAAGAGGAUGGCAAAACUGUUACGAACUCGGUAGCACAUAAGACGACAGAGGAAGCGUCUGAGGGGAAAGAUAAACCAUCCGGUCCUGUUGAGAAGACGAGCCUCUCUGAAGAAAGUGAUAAAAAACCUGAAAGGCCAGACACAGAUCAGGAAAAGGAGUCUGAAGAACAGGCAGCAAAAGUAGAGGCAGAGCAUCCAUCAUCAGAAAGUAAAAAGGAUACCGACAAGGAAAACAGACAGGGAGAGGACAACGAAAACCUUAAAGAUGACAGUGAGAAGCACCUUUCUCAAGAGCAGGAGAGCAAAGACGAUUCCACAACAGAUAAACUGUCAAAAACUGAUGAAACAAAUGAAACAAAGGAGGAGGAAGAUGCUCACAAAGAGAGCGAAAGCCAAACCCACGUGGAGGAACCUGGUCACCAAACUGUGAGCAAAGAACCAGACGGCAAAUCCACAACGAAAGCGGGCCAGCCGGGCAGAGAACCGGACGCCGAGAAGCCCACCGACGAGGAGAGCAGAAGUAAAAGUGAAGAAGAGGAGUCUGCGACAAAGCAAGAGGUGGCGAACGGCGGAGAAGCUCCGUCAGAUACUCAGGAGAAAGGUGUCCGUCGAAAGGUCAAGCGUCCGGCCCACCGGAGGAAAGCCGAGCUUCAGCGAGAGGAGAGACAGGCCGACUCAGAGUCUGACACCAACACGGGGAGAUCGCUUCGGAGAUCCCCGAGGAUCUCCAGACCAACGCCGAAGGCUGUGGAGAUCCACGACAGGAAGCUGGAGAAGUCACAGGCUGCUCCACCUGUUGAGAAGCAGGAGGACAGCAAGGGUGAGAAGGAAAAAGACGAGGAAGAGGAAGAGGAAGAGGAGGAGGAAGAGGAAGAGGAAGUGAAAGCUGUUCAGAAGAAACCCAGAGAGAAGAAGGUUGAUCAGGAGGGCCAGCCCAAAGCUAAGGGGAGAAAGAGACGAAAGGCCCGAUGGUCCAACACGCGAACGCGUCGUAAAAAGAAAGGCUCGGAAGACGAGAACAGCGACGACGAGUCCAGCGACGACGACGAGAGCGAGGAGGAGGACGACAGCGAUGAAGACUACAAGGUUGAGCGCAGCAGAAAGAGGCGGAAUCGUAACCGAGAAAGACGAAGCUCGGACUCCUCGACGUCCUCGGACGACGGCCUACCUCCAAACGACGACCCCUGCAAACAUUGCGGUCUUCCAAAUCACCCUGAGCUGAUCUUACUGUGUGACUCGUGUGACAGCGGGUACCACACAGCCUGUCUGAGGCCUCCCCUCAUGAUCAUCCCCGACGGAGAGUGGUUCUGUCCGCCCUGUCAGCAUAAGCAGCUCUGUGACAAGUUAGAAGAGCAGCUCCAAAACCUCGAUGCUGCUUUGAAGAAGAAGGAACGGGCCGAGAGAAGGAAAGAACGGCUGAUCUACGUUGGAAUCAGCGUUGAAAACAUCAUCACGCCCUCAGUGGAGGAAGAGGAAGAGAAGCCGGAGAUCGUCAUCAAAGAGAAGAAGGAAACAAAGCGAAGUAGGAGCUGGGGUCGAAGGUCUACGAGGACCAAGAAAUCCAUCAGCUACAGAUUUGAUGAAUUCGACGAGGCGAUCGAGGAGGCGAUCGAGGAGGACAUCAAAGAAGCAGAGGGUGGAGGAGCUGGUCGGGGCAAAGACAUGGCCAACAUCACGGGCCACAGAGGAAAGGAUAUGUCCACCAUCCUCCAAGCAGACGAGGGCAAGGAGAACGGCCGCCCGCCACGACCCCCCGCCGGCCAGCGCAGGAAAAAACGCCGGCGACUCAAUGACCUGGACAGCGACAGCACCGUGGACGAGGAGGAGAGCGAGGAAGAGUUCCGCCUCAGCGAAAGCUCAGAAGAAGAGUUUGUAGUAUCGGAUAACGAAACCGAGGGCGAAACAGAGCCCGACUCCAACAACAGCGACUUGGGCAGCAACAGCAGCGGCAAGCAUCGCACAUCUUCGCGGACCAGGAAGCCACCGAAACAACGGCGAAGCUCCAGGAAGCGGCGGAGGCCGAGGGGGUACUCGGAUGAUGAAGAAGACGAGACGGAUGAAGAAGAAGAAGAUGAAAUAGCGACUGAAGGCUCCAGCGAGUUCAGCGACAGUGAUCUGGAUAUGAGUCGACGGCGGUCUCGGCGGAGUCAGAAGAAGCAGGUGAACUACUGCGAGACGUCUGAGUCUGAAGGCUCUCAGGCAGAAACCAAUCGGGCCAAAAUGAAACCCCGACGGCGCCAGGACAGCUCGGACAGCGAAGCGAGUUUCUCCAGAGACUCUGAGGAGGACUCGAGGGAUCGGAGGGUGAAGAGGCGAGUCGACUCCUCCGAGGAGGAUUCCCGGCAGCGGCGCAGGCGGCUGGCACUAAAACGCAGGAGAGCCUCUGAAGACGACGACUCGGACGACGACUCGGACGAAUCGUCGGAGGAGGACCGUCCCAUCCGUAAGCGGGUGAACCGCAUCGACUCGGACGAUGACGACGAGGAACCGGAGGAGAAGGUGAAGGAGAAGAAAGCAGCUGAAAAGGCAGACGAGGAGUCAAAGGGAACAAACGCAGUGGAAUGUAAUCCGGUGGAGCUGCCACCCACCAACGGACAGAGCCCGAUAAAGAGCCUGGAGGGCAUCGUCAGCAGGCCCGCCGCCGCUGCUCCAGGCCUCAUCCACAAUCUGGAGCCACCCAAAAACAUCAGUGCCACACCAGCUGCUGCCAUAGCGCCGAACGGUCUGGUUGGCCAGGAGAUGGCAGCGCAGGACGAUGACGAAGACGACCUGUUAGGAGUCACAGACCUAGUGGACUACGUCUGCAAUAAUGAAGACUUGUAAAAACAAAAUGGUGUACUGUUUCAUUUUUUGUGGUAUUGUAUUUUUAUAUUGCUUAACUUUAUUAUUCCCUCCCCCAGCAACACUUCCCUGUCGUCCUUUUACUUGUGUCAUCUGGAGCUUGAGUCUCAGCAAUCUGUACUGCAGUAAGAACUGGAUCCCGUCACCAGUCUAAUGCUGUCUCUGUGGGAUUGCACAACAAAUAAGGGCACCAAACUCUCAUUUGUUUGGUAAUAGUUAUUUAACCUGUUAGCCAACCACAUCAUCCAGCUCCACUGCCAAACCAUCUCCUUCCUUCACUCAUUUCUGUCACGUCGUCCUGUUUUUGUUUUGUUCCAUCCAAGAUUUCAACAAAUUUUAACUCCUGUACUCGCUGAUGGAAAAUUGGCACUGAAAUCAUGUAGGAAACAGUAAAACAUAGCCUAUUUGAUUGCUAAAUCACAAGGACGUUUUUUUGGGAGUAAAACAAGUCAUUCCAUAAUUGAUUUGAAGUCCUGGGCAUCCGUUAAAAAUGAAUCUUGUUUUGCAUUUUAUCCGUUAAAGAAAUAGUUUGACAUUUUGGGAAAAGUGCUUGUUUAUAUACCUUCAGGCAGAGAGAUGGAUGAGAAGAUUGACAUCACUCUCAUGUCUGCGUGGUAAAUAAGAAGCUACCAUCAGUUAGCUUAGCUUAGCUUGGCUUAUCACACUGGUUUACAUUUAAUAAGCUACAAAGGACGCUCUCUACUGGUUUAACAGAGACAGAGCAGCCACAGCAGGACCAGAGGACCAGUCUGCAUGUCUGUCUGCUUCUAGCUACUGUGGCUAUGACUUGCUAUGCUAACAGUAGCUGGUCUGCAUAGGUUAUGGGUGCUAAUCCCAGUCAUCAGGUAACAAAGUCCGCCUACUAACUCCUCUGCGACGUUGUGUCUCGUUUCUCAAAUCCAUACAAAAUUUCAGUGUAAAAAAAUCUAAAUUCACACAGUGUUGUUGGCGUGUAAUAGGCGAGAUACAACAUGUUAAGAUGUAGAGGUGCUGGUAAAUGUGGGUUUUUUACCUUUGUGCAAAGCCAGGCUAGCCGUUUUCAGUUUUUGUUUGCUAAGCUAUGCUAACCGUCUGCUAGCUAGAGCCUUAUAUUUAAUGGGAAGACAUGACUGGAAUCAGUCUUUGUAUCUAUCUCUCCUCCAAAGCGAACAAGUGUAUUCCCAACAUGUCAAAACUAUUAUGGCUAUAUAUAUAUAUAUAUAUAUAUA